AUGUCAGCAGGGGACAUGUCCGUGUCGGCCGCCAGGGCGGGACCUGCGGCGCGCUGGCACCCCGCCUGCUUCGUCUGCACCACUUGCCAGGAGCUGCUGGUGGACCUGGUAUACUUCUGGAAGGACGGCCGCCUCUACUGCGGCAGGCACCACGCGGAGACUCUGAAGCCACGCUGCUCGGCGUGCGACGAGAUCAUCCUGGCGGACGAGUGCACCGAGGCGGAGGGGCGCGCUUGGCACAUGAAGCACUUCGCGUGCGCCGAGUGCGCGCGCCAGCUGGGCGGGCAGCGCUACAUAAUGCGCGAGGCGCGGCCCUACUGCCUGCCCUGCUUCGACGGCUGCUUCGCCGAGUACUGCGACGCGUGCGGCGAGCCCGUCGGCGUGGACCAGGGCCAGAUGUCGCACGAGGGCCAGCACUGGCACGCCACCGAGCGCUGCUUCGCGUGCCACACGUGCCGCGCCAGCCUCCUCGGCCGCCCCUUCCUGCCGCGCCGCGGCGCCAUCUACUGCUCCAUCGCGUGCUCGCGCGGCGAGCCGCCCACGCCGUCCGACUCCUCGGGGCCGGGGGCGAGGCCGCCGCGCGCCCCCCGCCCCCGCCGCCCGCCCUCGCCCCGCUCGCCGCGCCGCUCGCCGCCGCCGAGCGAGCCCUCGCCCCCGCCGGACGCGGACUCGGAGCCGAGCGGCUCCCUCGCGCCGGAGACGCCGCCCCCGCAGCCGCCGCCCCCGCCCCCGCCCCACGCCUGUCUCAGCCUCGACCGGGCGCUGGCCGACCUUAGGCUGGAGCAGUCGCUGGCCGAGCACCAGGUCCAGCCGACACCGGACUCGGAGGAGAUGAAACCGAUCGCGGCCGACGACUGGAGGCCGCCGCAUCCCGUGGAGGCGCAGGCGGUCGUGGCGCCCGGCCACUCGUCCUCGAUGCCCGAGCUGACGGUGGCGGACGGGAGGCGGUCGGGGCGGCCGCGGGGCGGCAGGACGGUGAGGUUCUGCGGCGACGACAACCGCGCCUUCGAGCCGGACGAGCCGGUGCGGAGGGAGAAGGCCCGGGAGGAGGACGCGAGCAGCUACUGCAGCACGUGCUCCUCGUCGUCGUCGUCCAACGAAUCGUACACGCUGCCCGCGAGGAGAGCGUACGGCGGCGUGCGGAUCUCGUACGUGCCCAACGACGCGGUGGCGUGCGCGAGGCGAGAGCGCCAGCGGAAGAACGUGAGCCGAGACAACAACUGUAUCAUCUCG